AUGUCUUCAAAGAAAUUCACCAGGUUAUGCUCCAACGCCAGCCAACAAUCAGCCGCUGAUAAUAUCCAUAACUCCAUCGAUAUUCGAUACUCUUCUUCAUUUACUGCUCGUUUUUGUGUUGUCACUUUAUUUCCUUUCUUUCUCAACUUUUUCUUUUAUUUUUGCUUGUUUUCAUUUUUUUUUCAUUUUUUUCUUUUUUUUUUCUUAUCUUUUUCACACCUUUUUCCAUUUUACUUUUUCUUUCUUUCUUCUGCUUUCAUAAUCUUUUUAUUACUUUUUCUCUCUUUCCUUUUUCUCAUUUCUAUUCUCUUUUUCUCUCUCUUUUUUCUGAUGUUUUUUCUAAUAUCUGAAACAAUCCACGUGGAAAUCUUAGACAUUCUUUUGCAAUUCCUUGUUUCCUUCUUUUUUAUUUUCUAUUUCGUUUCUUUUUUUUCCUGUAACCAUUUUUCUUUAACUUUUCCUUCAUUUUUUGGCUUCUUUUUCUUCUUUUUAUUUUUCCUUCCUGUUUUUUUCUUUCUUUUACAAGAAUCUUUAUUCUUUUUUUCUUUUUUUUUUUCAUCUUCUUUUCCUGUUAUUCUGUUCCGCGUUCAUGAAACAAUAAAAAAUGGCCGGUAUGCACCUGUGGACGGCAAAUCACAAAAGAUUAUUUUUCUUUCUUUCUUUCUUUCUUUCUAUCUAUCUAUCUAUCUAUCUAUCUAUCUAUCUAUCUAUCUAUCUAUCUAUCUUUCUUUCUUUCUUUCUAUCUUUCUUUCUUUCUUUCUUUUCUUAUUAAGUUCUUUCUUUCUUUCUUCUUUCUUUCUUCUUUCUUCCUUUCUUUCUUUCUUUCUUUUUUCUUUCCUUCUUUCUUUCGUUCUUUCUUUUCUUGCCUCCCUCGCUCUACCCUUUCUGAUUGCCAUUUUUUGUUCUUUCUUUCUUUCAUUCAUUUUUUUAUUAUAA